UGCGCCCUCCGGACCUAUCGCGUCAGUUGUUGGUAGUCGCACACUCGCUGGCGGGUGUCGAGUACGUAUACACUGCUCCCUUGAAAAGUUUGCCCUUCGCCCGAUGGCGCGUGAACCGUUAAUAAAAUAAUGCCUAAUCGGACUGACAAAGACAAGGUGCCUGCGAAAAACAGCUCCGGUGUGACGGCCAAGAAUGGCAGCGGCAAAGACGCGGUCGACGGCGCCGACGAGGUGAGCCAGGCCUGCAACAACACCAGCGGUGCCGUACACGCCAACAGCAACGGCGCAGGUGGUACAGCGGGCACGGCAGCGGCGCGGGCUGGAGGACCCAAGUCGGCUCCUCCGCCCGCAAACCUGGUGGCAAAGUGCAAGCUGGCUGGCGCCGUGGUGCCCACAGCCCCGGGCAGCGGUAUGCGCAAGGAGAAGCGCCAGAACUCGUCGCGCUUCAACGUGAGCCACAACCGCGAGCUCCAGAAGCUGCCCGCGCUCAAGGACGCACCGCUGGGUGAGCGCGAGGACCUGCUUAUUCAGAAAAUCCGACAGUGCUGUGUGCUGUUUGACUUCGUGACCGACCCCCUGUCAGACCUCAAGUGGAAGGAGGUGAAACGUGCAGCUUUGCACGAGAUGGUUGAGUACAUCACCUCUCAGCGUGGUGUGCUGACGGAGCCGAUCUAUCCCGAGAUGAUCCACAUGUUCGGCGUCAACGUGUUCCGCACGUUGCCACCCUCGUCCAAUCCUAACGGUGCAGAAUUCGACCCCGAGGAGGACGAGCCAACGCUCGAGGCGGCGUGGCCGCACCUCCAGCUUGUCUAUGAGCUGUUUCUGCGGUUUCUCGAGAGCCCAGACUUCCAGCCUGCGCUGGCCAAGCGGCAUUUGGACCAGCGGUUUGUGCUGCAGCUGUUGGAUCUGUUUGACUCAGAGGACCCCCGCGAGCGUGACUUCCUGAAGACGACGCUGCAUCGAAUAUACGGCAAGUUCCUAGGGCUGCGGGCAUAUGUGCGCAAGCAGGUGAACCACAUGUUCUACCGUUUCAUUUACGAGACAGAGCACCAUAACGGUGUUGCUGAGCUACUCGAGAUCCUCGGCUCCAUAAUCAAUGGCUUCGCGCUGCCCCUCAAGGAGGAGCACAAGUUGUUCCUGCUGCGUGUGCUAAUGCCGCUGCAUAAGGUCAAGUCGCUGAGUGUGUACCACCCGCAGCUGGCCUACUGCGUUGUCCAGUUCCUCGAGAAAGAGCCGAGCCUGACAGAGCCGGUGAUCCUGGCCCUGCUCAAGUUCUGGCCAAAGGUGCACUCGCCCAAGGAGGUGAUGUUCCUCAACGAGCUCGAGGAAAUCCUGGACGUCAUUGAGCCAGCUGAGUUUGCCAAGGUGAUGGUGCCGCUCUUCCGGCAGCUGGCACGCUGCGUUUCCUCGCCCCACUUCCAGGUGGCCGAGCGAGCCCUCUACUACUGGAACAAUGAGUACAUCAUGAGCCUGGUCAGCGACAAUGCGGCGACGUUGUUACCCAUAGUGUUCCCGGCGCUGUACAAAAACUCCAAAGCUCACUGGAACAAGACCAUCUAUGGCCUUGUGUACAAUGCCCUCAAACUGCUCAUGGAGAUGAACCAGAAGCUGUUCGACGACUGCGUCCAAAACUACCGCCAGGAGCGCCACAAUGAGAAAAUGCGCCUGCGGGAGCGGGAGGACGCCUGGAACCGGAUAGAGAGUCUAGCCGAGAAAAAUCCUCAGCGCACUGUGGUUGUGCAGUUCCACAUAGUGAAGCCCGAGCUAGGUACCACAAGCCCGGCCCUUGAAAGCCCACCGGAAGACGACGACAUGCUCUACGACAGGCUGGAAAGCCAGGCCAAGGAGGUGACUACAACCUUGGCCAGCAAGAAGGAGAAGCCCCUGCUGCGGCGCAAGUCGGAGCUCCCGUUGGACUCGCUCACGCUCAAGGCCCUGAGCGACCACAAGAGGGCCGACCAGCUGCUGGCACCACCUGAUGCCCCACUCUGAUGACUGCGCCCAUCACCGGCUUAUUUAUUUGCCUUUAUUUUUGUACGCCCUCCAGCAAAGAAAAGGCGCCUCGCUGGCCAAGGCCACACUUAGGAGGGAGGCUCAGAGGACCAGAUGCUGACUAGCAGACGACGGAGGAGCUUCUCUCCAUCCCCAAACUCUAGGCACGAUCGCGCAUUUCCAAUAGAGUCGUUGAAACCUGACCCGUGCUGUUCGCUCAACAGGCCCUUGUGGUCUGUGCCUCUCACGGUGGCAACACAGCAGCGUGUGGUGUCUGGUACCGUCACGACCGUCAAGUCUCCUUAGGGGCAAUCCACAAGCGCGAGCACUGCUGCAUGCGCGACCUAGUCUUGGUUGCAGUGCUUAGGCUUAACUAAGAUCUUCCUGUUUCUCUCCAUUUCCUGUUGGGUGUGGUUGUGCAGCACUGAACUUUAAAUGAGUUUUCGUGUGCGCUCAUUUCUGCGACGGAAUAGUCGGGUUAGUGCCUGUCGCAUGUGCCUGACGUCGGGCCUUGCGUAACACAGUAGACAUGCACCGAGUUGUUCACUGCUUGGCACCACACCCCCUGUUGUGUUGCUGCUUGAAAAGACAGCGCCAUCGGAGCGACAGGACAUGGGACAACAAGUUGCCCACAGCUGUUUUGAACGUCGCAUGACGUUAGGGCAGCACAGGCAUAAUGCCUAGCUCUUGUGAGUUGAAUAAAGAAUGUCGAUAAUCUC